UGGUGGGAAGAGGCGGCAGGCGGUUGUGAGGAAAGAUGGCGGACGCCUUCGGGGACGAGCUGUUCAGCGUGUUCGAGGAAGAUGCCUCCGCCUCGGCCUCGAAGAAGACGAAGGGAGCCCCCGAGGCAGUUGCUGGCCCUGUGGGCAAAGCUGGGAAGCGAUCAGAGGGCAAAUCUACAGCGCCUGCUAAAGUCCCAGCAAAAACAAAACGAGAGGAAGAGGCUGAUAAUGGAGACAUUGCAGUUUUGGGGAAGAAGCCAAAGUUGGAUGAUUUCACUGCGGAAGAUAUGAAUUUGGCCGACCUGAUGCCAAAAGUAAAGGUGCAAGCAGUAGAAACUGUUGAAGGCUGUACACAUGAGGUUGCUCUUCCUGCGGAUGAAGAUUUCAUAGCCCUUAAGCCAAGAACUGGGAAAGCUGCAAAGGAAUAUCCAUUCAUUCUUGAUGCUUUUCAAAGAGAAGCUAUUCUGUGUGUGGAUAACAAUCAGUCGGUUUUAGUUUCUGCUCAUACAUCAGCAGGAAAAACAGUAUGUGCAGAAUAUGCUAUUGCAUUGGCUUUGAGGGAAAAACAGCGUGUGAUCUUUACCAGUCCAAUUAAAGCUCUAAGUAACCAAAAAUAUCGUGAGAUGUAUGAAGAAUUUCAAGAUGUUGGUUUAAUGACUGGAGAUGUCACCAUCAACCCUACAGCAUCUUGCCUUGUAAUGACAACCGAAAUUUUGAGAAGUAUGCUUUAUAGAGGUUCUGAGGUCAUGCGUGAAGUUGCCUGGGUCAUCUUUGAUGAAAUUCAUUACAUGAGAGAUUCAGAACGUGGUGUGGUAUGGGAAGAAACCAUUAUUUUGCUGCCAGAUAAUGUUCAUUAUGUGUUUCUUUCUGCCACUAUUCCAAAUGCACGCCAAUUUGCCGAAUGGAUAUGCCAUCUUCACAAACAGCCUUGCCAUGUGAUCUACACAGAUUACCGGCCCACUCCUCUGCAACACUAUAUUUUCCCAGCAGGGGGCGACGGACUUCACCUUGUGGUUGAUGAAAAUGGUGAUUUUAGGGAAGAUAAUUUUAAUACAGCAAUGCAAGUACUUCGAGACGCUGGUGACUUAGCCAAAGGAGACCAAAAAGGGAGGAAAGGGGGAACAAAAGGUCCGUCCAAUGUAUUUAAGAUUGUAAAGAUGAUUAUGGAAAGAAACUUUCAACCUGUAAUAAUAUUUAGUUUCAGUAAAAAAGAUUGUGAAGCAUAUGCACUUCAAAUGACAAAAUUGGACUUCAAUACAGAUGAAGAAAAAAAGAUGGUUGAAGAAGUGUUUAAUAAUGCAAUUGACUGUUUAUCUGAUGAGGACAAAAAACUGCCACAAGUUGAGCAUGUGCUGCCGCUUCUGAAGCGUGGCAUUGGAAUUCACCAUGGAGGUUUGCUUCCUAUUCUGAAGGAGACAAUAGAAAUACUUUUCUCUGAAGGACUGAUAAAGGCGUUAUUUGCAACAGAAACGUUUGCAAUGGGAAUAAACAUGCCAGCAAGGACAGUGCUAUUCACAAGUGCCCGGAAGUUUGAUGGGAAGGACUUCCGAUGGAUCACCUCAGGGGAAUAUAUUCAGAUGUCUGGUCGUGCUGGCCGCCGUGGCAUGGAUGAUAGAGGAAUAGUCAUUCUUAUGGUGGAUGAAAAGAUGAGCCCAUCAGUUGGAAAACAGCUUCUGAAGGGAUCUGCAGACCCUCUGAACAGUGCUUUCCAUUUGACGUACAACAUGGUAUUAAAUUUGCUGCGUGUGGAAGAAAUUAACCCAGAAUACAUGCUAGAAAAAUCUUUUUACCAGUUCCAACAUUACAGAGCAAUUCCAGGAGUUGUUGAAAAGGUGACUAAGUUGGAACAGCAGUACAAUGAAAUUGAAAUUCCAAAUGAGGAAAAUGUUGUCAUAUACUAUAAAAUCAGGCAACAGCUUGCUAAACUGGGUAAAGAAAUAGAAGAAUACAUUCAUAAGCCAAAAUACUGCUUACCAUUUUUACAGCCAGGAAGACUAGUAAAGGUGCAAAAUGAAGAUGAUGAUUUUGGCUGGGGAGUGGUGGUAAAUUUCUCCAAGAAGUCAAAUGUGAAGCCUAACUCUGGUGAACUGGACCCACUUUAUGUGGUUGAAGUCCUCCUGAACUGCAGCAAAGAGAGCCUGAAAAAUUCUGCAACAGAGGCAGCAAAACCAGCAAAACCUGAGGAGAAAGGGGAGAUGCAGGUUGUUCCUGUUCUUUUGCAUCUUCUGUCAGCAAUCAGUAGUGUUCGGCUUUAUAUACCAAAAGACCUGCGGCCUCUUGAUAAUAGGCAGAGUGUCCUGAAGUCUAUACAGGAAGUACAAAAACGAUUUCCUGAUGGCGUUCCUCUGCUGGACCCUAUUGACGACAUGGGCAUUAAAGAUCCAGGUCUGAAAAAAGUAAUCCAAAAAGUAGAAGCCUUUGAGCACAGAAUGUAUUCUCAUCCACUUCACAAUGAUUCUAACUUGGAAACUGUGUAUAAACUUUGUGAACGAAAAGCACAGAUUGCUGUAGACAUUAAAGCAGCCAAACGGGAACUGAAGAAAGCUAGGACGGUUUUACAAAUGGAUGAGCUCAAGUGUCGUAAACGGGUUUUGAGAAGGUUGGGUUUUGCAACCUCUUCUGAUGUCAUAGAGAUGAAAGGACGAGUUGCUUGUGAAAUUAGCAGUGCAGAUGAGCUGCUGCUGACGGAAAUGAUGUUUAAUGGGCUAUUCAACGAUUUAUCUGCAGAACAAGCAACGGCUUUACUAAGCUGCUUUGUAUUUCAAGAAAAUUCCAGUGAAAUGCCCAAACUCACAGAACAGUUGGCAGGACCCCUCCGUCAGAUGCAGGAAUGUGCAAAAAGAAUUGCUAAAGUAUCAGCAGAAGCUAAAUUGGAAAUUGAGGAGGAUACCUAUCUCAGUUCUUUUAAACCAAACUUGAUGGAUGUGGUGCACACAUGGGCCAAUGGCGCUACAUUUGCUCACAUAUGCAAAAUGACAGAUGUAUUUGAAGGAAGCAUCAUUCGAUGCAUGAGGAGGCUGGAAGAGUUGCUUCGACAAAUGUGCCAGGCAGCAAAGGCCAUUGGAAACACAGAACUGGAGAACAAAUUUGCAGAAGGCAUUACCAAAAUCAAGAGAGACAUUGUAUUUGCUGCAAGCCUUUACCUGUAAGAGGUGUUUUCCUGAAGUGGUGUAGCUAAAGAACUUGCAUCUAUUCUGCAACUGAGGCUUCAGUAUACAACCAUGAAGUAGAUGUUAACCAUCAAGGCUACCAUUCCUUCAUCUUCAAGCAAGAACAGCUGCUUAGUGUCAUUACUUGUAUGUAUUUUGCUGUAAGCCUCAUGCUAGCAAAGCAUUUUACAUAUGCUAUUGCUAUUUGUACAUAAGUAUUACCACAUUAUUUUAAUUAAAAAAAAAGCUAGAGUACUGUGUUUUUAAAGCAAAAGCUCAACCAACAGAAAUUUGGAAGUUUUUAGAUACACAAUUGUUACUAUAUACAAGUAAAGUGAGCAUCCAAGAGGUAUAGCAGCAGCAGUCCCUUCAAAAGGCAUUUAAUUUAUUUUUGUACAUAGGCCAAGAAAGACGGGUGAAUUUUUCCUUUUCGAGAUUCCACAGGCUAAUAGCUCUUGAAUCUAUCAUGGCUGGUGAUUACUACCAUAGUGAUUCCCAUUGGUAGGUGUCUCGUGUAAAGUUGUGUGUGAAUCCUCUUCUUCCUUCUGUUUGAACGCACGGCCUCUCUCUUUGAAGAAAUCAGAUGCAAACACAGCCUAGGGAGAAAGAUUGGACAAUAUCAGGCAUCAGAAAACAAACUUUCAGAAUAAGCAAAACUCAAUUACUUAUUCCCUUUGCAUGAGACUUCAGGCACUUCACCCAAUUGCUGCCAGAGAGGAUAAGAAAUAAUAACACUUUAUUUAUAUUCUGCUGUAUCUUUCCAAGCGGAGUCAGAGCAGAUGACAAGAUACACAGAUAGGCAAAAAUUCAGUGCCUUUAAUACAGUGGGAUAACAAUGACAUAUUAAUACACAGAACAAAGUAAAGGCUUCCCUUUCAUCUCUGGCUUUCUGGAGGUGGUGCUCAACUCUGGCCAUGGGGAGGUGCUCUUGUUCCAUUUCCAAGCUGAAGAGCCUGCUGUCCAUAGACACCUUCAGGUCAUGUUGCUGGCAUGGCUGCAUGGGUGCCUUUAUUACCUUCCCGUGGUAUCUAUAGAUAUACUCGCAUCUGUAGCUAGAGCUAACAGCUAGGAGCUCACCCGACCCACUGUUUUGAACUGCCAACCUUUAUGUUAGCAGAUUCAACAGGUCAGUGGCUAAACCCGUUGCACCACCAUGGUCCAAGUAUUGCCAGAAAUAGCCUGGCAAUAGCAACAUGGGCUCUAUGGCCAACUGAAGGGGCUCUCUGCUUAAAUGGACGUAAUGUUUUGUUACUGUCCUGGAUAUAUACAAACUCUGCCAAUUGCUUGAGGCAAUAGAAAUGCUGACAUGAAUAUGUGGGAUAAGAAAAUGCAUGUUGAGAGGCAAGCAUUUAUUCAGAAAAUAUGGAGUUUCUCUCCUUUCUCCCUUCCCCAACACCUUCUAAACCAGUUAACAUUAUCUUUGUGUCAUCAUAAUCAGCUUGUCCUUGAUCCCAUAUUUUCCAUAGCAUAUGCUAGACAUUUCCUAAAGGCUUGUGCAUAUUUACAAUCUUGUCCCUCACCAUAUUCUUACUUAUUUUACACUUAACCAAUUAUCCAUGUGCAUUUCAUCUGUGGAAUUUUACAACUCUUUUAAAAUGCUUCAGAGGUCAAACUUCUUAAGCAAGCCUUAAUUGUAUUAAUCGCGUGUAGGCGGAUUUCUCCAAACCUGACCGGAAUCAGCAUUUUAGAGGGUCACUUCAGGGCUUACCAGGAACUUUUUGCAGGAAAGCUACAUCAGUGGCUUCUCUUCCCUCCAUUAGAGGCAUGCUGAAUAAGAGCCUACAUGGCACUUUUAUUCUCUUCUAACUCCCACUCCGUGCUACAACUAUCCAAGCCAACUUGAGGUAUUUAGAAAAGGUUGUGAAGUAAAUUAAUUUGGUUGCAAGUAAAAUUGUUUGAAUAGUAAAGCAAUUCUAUAUUGACUUACAAUAAGUAUAGCUACCAAUGCUCCUUGGAUAAGUCCAGUCAGUACAUCACUCCAGUGAUGUUUAUAAUCAGAAACACGGGAAAGACCCACAUAGAUGGAUGAUGCAAUGAGCCCAAACUGUACUGUGGGGCGCAGAAGUCUUGCCCAGUCACCUUUCAUUCGGGCUUGAAGAUAAAGCUGAAAUCCAAAAGAUAGAUGUUGGAACAGUAGCAGAUUUACCUCUUUCGGAAAUAUAUCCUUUCUGACAAAGCCUAAAUAGAAUUUCUGGUUGUGCAAUAAUACAUAGAACUUCAUAAUUAACUGGCAAAACAAAAUUUACUGCACUUCACAUAAACCUAUUAAGAGAAUAACAAUUUAGCAAAGUUAGAUUAUGAUCUGCCUAGUUUUACAGAUGUCAUCUAAGAAUUUUGCAAAAUGGGUUAGAAUUUUUAUAUGGACUGUUGGCCACCUUUUCAGACUCCAAUUUUGUAGAACAUAUUAUAUAGUACAGUGAAUAGUUAUGUUUACUCAAGCUUACUUAAUUGGUAGCUAUGGUCUUAACUCAAGUAAUAAUCCAGUAAUUUGUGAGUAGUAAUAUUCUUGCUUAUUACACUGGAAUUCUAGAAUGCAAUGCCAAGGCUAUUUUUAGGGACCCAAAUCCAUCACAAGAGUACAAAAUAUUUAUUUAAAAUGCCUACCAUUUCACCUAGACUGGGUGGGUUAGGAUCCUGCCACUUUCUUGUCCUCCCUGCCUACUUCACACAUAUAAAAACACAAUAUUUUUGGCCACACAAUUAAGAAAAACACAGUAUGACCCCAAUACCCAUAGAACUGGUACCCACAGUUUCACCUACUCCAUUUGACAAAAUAUGUCCUCUCUAAGUAUUUUCUGGGUCCUCCAGGCAAUUCUGUGGUAUGCUUCAAUACGAAGUUGCCAUGGAACCAUAUUGGGAGGACCUAGCAAUUAUUCAAAGUCCCCCAACGUGAAUCUGUAGUAACUUGUAGUGGAAGUUGCUCAUUUCAGUGGUGUCUGCUAUUAUCCACACUUUUCUGUUUCCACAGUAAGUUCAGGAAUGCAAAUAUAGAAGGCUUUACUAUAAUAUUAACUUACAGAUUGAAAAAAAGGUCUCCCCCUAGGCAUAAACCAGCCUGUGGGGAAUUUUCCAUGGUGGUGGUGGGGCACUUUCAGGGAAGGUGGCAUAGCCUCUGGCUCAUAUGAAGUUGAAUUCAUGAAAUAUUAAAGAGUGGCUUGUCAAACAGUUCAAAAAUGCAUAGCAAAAUAUUACUGAAAUUACAAUGUUGGCAAGUAAAGUGCAGCAUGUAGGUUUAAACACUUGGAGAAUGAAAAAGCCCUUGCCUGGUUUUAAAAUGAAAGAAAUACUGAGUUUGUGAAAAUUGGGUAGCACCCAUCCCUGCCUCUGUCUUUAAUGCCUAGAAUUCCUGAAGGAUAACCUCAAAAGGUUAUGCUGUUAUACAGACAGGUUUGCAUGGUGAGAGUAGUUUGUCAGGUCUCUAUCUUGGACUUGGAAAAGCAAUCAACAGCAUUUUUGAACUGUACUCACAGAAACAGAAGGAGCCAAUACUAUUGUUUAAAUAGUGGCAAAAUGUGUUCUAUCCUGGUCUCAACACAGUUGCAUUAUGAGUUUUCACACAAUGUUCAAAGUCAUUCUCACAUAUGACACAUUGUAGUCAUUUAAUCCGAAGGUUGCCAAGAGUUUUUUUUAGUAGUGACCAGUCUAUGGCACAAAGUUACUGGGCAAAUGACACUGCAGGAAAUAAGUAGCUUCACGAACUGAAUUUGCAAUUUUAACAUCUGGAAAAUUCAUUUAUUUAUUUCAUACACUUGUACGGCCUCACAACAGGGCGGCCUCACAACAAGCACCAUUCAGUGCCAUCACAAUCAUAAAAACAUUCAACAAAUUCAUUAAAACAACAUUAAACAGUUGUUAAAAUGCGCCAGUUAAAGCCAAAGUCCAGGUCAGUUCAUUGUCGCUUCAAAUUGCUUAUGUCUUCUUCUCACUUGCCGCUAUUCAAUGAUCAAGUGCUUGGUCCCACAACCAAGUCUUGAGUUUCCUUCUAAAGGACAGGAGGGAGAUGGCCAAUCAAAUAAUAUUUCAGUUUUAGUUGGACUAUGUUCCUCUAAUAGAUCUCAGUGGUUAAUUCCUGAUCCUAGAUUGUUUCCAUUAUCUCAAGUGAAUUUGUCUUUAAAUUUACCUUUACUCACUUCUGACAUAAUAGAUAAAUAAAUAACCUUUAAAAUCAAAAUAUAGUUGGCUUUGCUAGGAAUACACUGCCAGAUACUUGUGUUGUGAAUGCCCAACCAACCAUCUUGUGUAACUAGAUUGUCCAAUUAUGAAUGUAACAACAGCAACAUGGUACCACCUUUCAUCUCUAAAAGCCUAAAGGAAGACUUUUCAACAGUACCAACAAUUCUAAAAAUCGCCUGUCUCAGAGGUUGUGGAGUCUCCUUUGGCAAUCUUCAAAUGGCCAUCUUCUGAGAGAUGUGUAUUCCUGCAUAUCAGGAAGUGGACUAAAUGCCCUUGCAAUCCCUUCCAGCUCUGUUAUUCUAGGUAUUUACACCCACAAUAUAGUUCCUGUCAACAUGAUAAAGACAUUUGCGCAAAAAUGAUAGAUCCCUGUGAUUUUAAAGAAACCUGAACUGACUAGCAGGCAAGUCCCAUCCUCCUUCCUCCUGGUUUCAAGCCCUUUUGAGGAACUGAAAGCAUCAGUGGGCCUGAAUCAGUGAAAAGGGGAACAACCACACCACUUAAAUAUCUCCAGAGGCAGAACUCCCCACUUUCAGAAACGGGCUUUGGGGAUCAAAGGUUUCUGAAGAUUUCACCCCCACUACUCAGGCUAUGCAUGUCCCACACAAGCCAGAAGACUUCCAGAUCUUUUAUAGGAGAACCUCACAACCCCCUCCCUUUAAGAUGCUCAGAUCUGUGCCCUCUCAUAAGGAGGCAUUCACUAUAUUCUGGACACAGUCUGGUAAAUCCCACCCAGCUGGAAGUUACGAGCCAUAAGAGGCAGACAUACCAGGAACAAACUGUACUUCACCAAACACCUUAUUCAAGGCUUCAGGCCUUAAGAACUAAAAUUCAUGCAGCAAAACUGAAUGGUACUCUAGUUACAUCUGUGAACCACAGAAACAUAGAUGUAAUAACACCACCAUCUAAGAUGACAAGCUAACAAGUGGACUUUAUGGGAUGCCAGCAGUGGUUCACACUUCCAUAGGCAACUUCAAAAACUUUGUGUACCUCCUAGGAUUAUUUGGGUUGUAUAAAUGGAUACACAGAGAAACACUCUAUUUAAGAAAUAGGUGCUAUUUUCCAAAGUUAAAUAUUUGGGGAAUGCCUAAUCGGUUUUUCAAAGCAGGAUUACAUCACAGUUUUGGCAUGCACCUCUUCCAUUUUGCUAUUAAAAGUUUGUCUGAAAUUUAAUGUGGGUAAGGAGCAAGUCUUUGCAAAGCAGGUAGUAGACUGAAGCUGUACUCCAGGUAUGUUUUGUUUCCACAAAUGCAGUUCAGGAUUCUGAAGCAUGUUUUAAAAGAUGCAUGCACAUCUUUUAAAAUAUGCGUGCAUUCAACUCCAACAACAAGGGGUAAGUAAGCCUACUACUAUUUAACCAAAAGAGUUCAACAUAGUAAAGCUACGGAGAACAGUUCCAAGCCAACUGCCGUGUUUUCUCAAGGCCUGUUUGUGACUAACCUCCACACCAAUGCAAAUCAUUUCUCCCCAGUGAGAACCCGAGCCAGGAGUCGUGCUGGUGGUCUAAAGACAGCAGCCUGGCAAUCCAGUGCUGGCAUAUUUCCCUUUUUCCAGCUUACAAAUUCCACCGAAGAGCCUGAAAAACUACAUUACUUGGCUAAUAUUUUUUGCACGCAAGGAAUUGCUGUAGUUGGCACAGGGACUUUAUACAUGUAGGAGGGAAGGUGGUAUGUGCGGUUAUGAGUGGGAGAGAAGGUGGGAUCUUAAGACAGUCACUUAGAAAAAUUGUGGCCCAUGUUUGAGGGCCUGGGACAGGGAUCCAGGUGAUAGGAUUUCAUGCUGCUUGCCAAUAUGUCAGAGUUGAAUGAAUGAUUAAAAGGUUUUGUUUGAACCUC